AUGUUGAUUCUUGGACCUGGGUUUAUAUGUGGCAUAUUGUCAAAUGAAAACAUUGAAAAGGUGAUGCAAUCGGUGAUGGAGAAAACAAUCAAGCAGGAGUUUGAAGUGAAAGCGGAGGACGUUGUCAAUGACGAUGCAUAUACAGGUGGAACUUACAAGCCGGGUGGAAACGGUUGGGAAGAGAAAGUGUUGAAGGGAAUUUCAGUUGAAGAAGUAUGCAAAAUGCAAUUCGCUUGCAUAGACGAGGCUGAAACAUUUUACAACAUGUUAGCAAAACUAACCGGAUUUAGUAUUCGAAAAGAUGAUUUGAAGCGAGACAAGAAUGGAGACAUAAUAUCUCGAAAGUGGGUGUGUUCCAAAGAAGGACAUCGAGCGACAAAGUAUUUUGAGAAUGACAACCGACAGUGUGAGCCAUGA